AUGAGAUCCCCAUCCUCGGCUACGGCUUCUCCCUCCAAAACCGAAAGUCCCGUCCUCGAAGCGUUCAACACCGGCUACCGCCAUGUCGAUUCAGCAAUUAUGUACCGAAACGAAAAGGCCUGCGGCCGCGCAAUCGCAAACUCUGGCCUAGACCGCUCGCAAAUCUUCUUCACAACCAAGAUCCCGCCAGGGUCUAUGGGGUAUGAGAGGACCAAGCGCGCGGUGGAGAGUAGUCUCCGGGAGGCGGGGGUGGAGUAUUUCGAUUUAAUCCUAAUCCACGCCCCCUACGGCGGCAAAGAAGACCGUCUAGGCUCCUGGCAGGCGCUCGUUGAAGCCCAGAAAGCCGGCAAGACUAAGUCAAUCGGGGUCUCCAACUAUGGGAUCCAUCAUCUGGACGAGCUGGAGGAGUACAUCCAGCAAGGAGGCGGCGGGGCCAUUGACGUCGGUCAAUAUGAGAUCCAUCCGUGGUGCGCGCGCGAGGAUAUCGUGGAGUGGCUUCAGACGCGGAAUAUUGUUGUCGAGGCGUAUUCGCCUCUUGCACAUGGGACACGCAUGGGUGAGACGGUGCUGAAGGAGCUGGGGAAGAAGUAUAAUAAGUCGCCUGCGCAGAUUAUGAUUCGGUGGUGUUUGCAGAGGGGUCUGGUGCCUUUGCCGAAGUCUGCGACGCCGAGUCGGAUCAGGGAGAAUGCGGAGGUGUUUGAUUUUGAGUUGGAUGAGGGUGAUAUGAAGAGACUUUUUACGGGGGAGUAUGACCCUACGGAUUGGGAUCCUACACUUGAUUUUGACUAGGUGGUUUUAUAGAGUUGUGGGGGUAGAGGUAGAUCUAUAGA